UUCUAUCAGUCUUCAUAAAAAAUUAGCUCAUAUUUCAUGUUCUCGAAUUUUUCAAAAUAGUAAGAGUAACGCGACAUUUUUAAUAUACAUGCAAAUGCUUAGUAUUAAGCCCAUUUAAAAAGAAAAUAUAAUCUAAAUCUCUAUAGGAAUUUAUUCAAAAUGGAUUUCGGAACUUUGCUGCAUGUGGCAAAGAAAAAUAGUGAAAACAGUAAAAAUGAGGGUAAAUAUUACAGCACCAAAUUCGCUCCACCGAAAAAAGAAUCAAAGGAGAAAAAACUUUCGGCGAACAUACAAAAGUUUUUACAAAAACGUGAGCAGGAGGAGCGUGAACGAGAAAAAGAAAAACAACAAAAGCUAGCUAACUUAUUGGCAAUGCGAGAUGAGAAAUCAAAAAAUAAGAUAAGAAAAAUGCUAAAAGUCACAAAAUCUGCCAAUAAAUCGGUGUUGGACGAUGCAAUAAAUACAGAUCAUACAGCUGUUACGAUGUCCGGACCUGACCAGCCCGAUCAGGAUGAUUAUGGAUACGUUUCAACCGAAGCAAAUGCUUUUUAUGCAAAAUAUAUAGAAAAGGUGAAAGACGUAAAAGAGGACAAAGGCUUUGCACCAAGUAGACCUCAAUCGCUAAGAGACCUAUCAGGGACAAAGGAACGGGUAAAAGCUGCCAUUACACGUGAAAUUGAAGAAAAAAGAGGUCUUAAAGGGCAAAGAAUAGCGCAUGGUAGCAAUAGUUUAAGUAGCAGUAUUAAGGAACCCAGUAUAAGUCGAUCAAGUUCUUCCAAACCUCUUUAUGAUCCUGAGGCGGAACGGCGUGAAGAGGAACGAAAAAAACGAGAAGAGGAACAAAAUCGUAAAAAGAAUCGUAAACCACCACCACCUCCAAUGGACUUUAAAGCUUUACUAAAAUUAGCUGAGCAAAAACAGCAUGAACCGGUUGAAAUAGUGCCAGUUGUUAAGAAAAAAGAGCCAGAACGUUUGUUGACAAUGAAGGAGAAGAAGGAAAUGGAGGAGCGACAGCGUGCUAAGGAAGCACGUGAACGCAGAGAUCGAGAACGAGAAAAGGAACGCACACUUGGAGCCAGUUCGGGAAAGGAACGCCGAGAAAACGGUACGGCGACGUCGAGUGCGCCCAAUCGCAUGGAACCAAAUGGACGUAUCCCAAAAUUAAACCAAACCAAGUCUACGCCUACAACGACAGCACAAUCCUCAUAUAAUAAAAGUUCGGCUGUUAAGUCUUCGACUAUUGUUAGCGGGACUAAUGGUAUUAAAAAGCAACAUCCUUCCUCCGCAUCGACUUCAAUAUCAUCACAAAAGGGCACAUUGAGUUCACAUGCGAAGAGUACAUCCGCCUCAGCUAUUUCUUCAUCAAGUGCCAAACAAUCUCAUUCCGCUGCAUAUAAACCUUCGUCAGUUAGUACAAAAUCGGGUACCAGUGCCUCAACCAGCAGCAGCAGCAGCAGUAAGAAUCCUUAUGGCAGUUCGACGAGUAAGAAUCCAUAUAAUGGUGCAACUCGCGAGUUUCCACCCCAUGAUAUGAAAUCUGUGAAACCGCGUCAGUUUCCUCCCCCAGACGUACAAAAGACGCGGCAGUUUCCACCGUCUGAUGUGCAGCGCAAUCGCGGCAGGGAAACAAAGAAGCCACAACCAAAUAAAAGACUGCGUAUUGAAGAUGAUGAUUCGGAAUACGACUCAGAGAUGGACGACUUUAUUGACGAUGGUGACGAAGUAGAAGAUGUUUCAUCACAUAUUCGCGCUAUCUUUGGCUAUGAUAAACAAAAGUAUCGUGAUUUAGAUGAUGAUGAUGAUGCUGCUAUGGAAUCCAACUUUGCGCAAGUGCAGCGUGAGGAAUAUAUUAGUAAAAAAAUAGGAAUACAAGAAGACUUGGAGGACAUGAAAUUGGAGGCGAUCGAAAAACGUCGAAAGAUGUUGGCGAAAAAGCGAAAACUAUAAGUUAACGCAUAAAAUGUACUUGGAUACUUCGUAAAUAAUUCGCAAUAUCAUUAAUUAUUAUGUAACUACAAUUUAAAUUACAUUCGGUUGAUUGGUUGUUUUUACUGCUUUCCCCAAUUUACACAAA